AUGAGGACAGAAACCGGCGGUGGAUCGAAGAAAACCUUCAAGACGAUGAAGUUGGGGUUCCUAGGACUUGUYGGGAUGGUUGUUGCGUACUAUGUGCUUCUAUUUAUCUUUGGGAUCAAGUACUUGGAUCCUCAGUAUUAUGGGAGCUACUUCUAUGCUUGGAGAGUGAACUUUGCAGACAAGCUGAUGACGCAUGGAAGAUACAARCUCAUCAAGAAGAACGAGCACCCGGACACUGAGGACAGGAAGAGGUUUUAUAGGAUUUCGCAGGAUGAGUCUGGGCCGUAUCUGAUACGAUUUGACMGACCAGAGCAYUUUCCCCGUGGGCAUGAGCAUCAGUUCACGCUGAACUUCCCUGGAUACGAAGACUUUCUGAAGAUCCGGGAGAGGUUUAUUGUUGAGACGGAGGGCCUGGAAGAGGACAUGAAUCUGAGCCACUCUGAUCUGAUGGAGCGAAUGAAGAAGAAGAAGGAGGGAGGAGGAAUGUUUUUUGCAGACUACCGUGGGAAGUCCAUCAGUGAGAUGCAGAAGAUAUUGUUUCCAAACAACAACUCCGAGGGGAAUCCAUGGUUCACUGUAAGCAACAUACUUAUCAAGACCAUAUCGAGUAUUAUGUCCAGCGACGAGGAGAAGAGAAAGGGAUAUUUGUUUGAUGGAGAAAAGAUUGGAGACGACCUGAUGAAGAAUAUCAGAGAUGCGCUUGAGGCGCUUGAUGAGAGUGCUGGAGAUGGAGAUGUUCUACUUUCUGAGAAGAUAUCUGAUUCUGACAUCAACAAGUUCUUUAUCAACAACGGCAAGGUGUCUGCAACACCGUAUGAAACGUUUGCUUACUCAAGAGCAUACUAUCUGUUCAAUUUCUUGACUGCAGGAAUUGAGUUCAAGUCCCAAAAGCUUGCGGAGCUGAGGAGCGAGUCUUCUUCUGAUGACAACGAGUUCCGGGAGGCACGAAUGGACUACACAGCCAACCUGUUUGCCAGAAUAUUCUCCAGCAUAUAUCCUAACCAGCACAGAAAGGAUGUCAGCAGUAUUGGGACCCUUGAAAAGAUAAGGAACUACUACAGCCCAAAGAUGGUUGUUGAUGAGAAGAAGGAGGUAGAUGAGGCAGACCUUGAGCUCAUUCAGAAGAGCUUCUCAAAUCCAUUAAGAAAAGAAUGCAAUGGAUGUUGUAGCCCAAGCCAACAACAACCUUUACAGGGUUAUUGGUGUUAUAGAGUUGUUUACAUGUGUAGGGAUGAUGAAGAACUAAUAAAAUUUUGUUAUAAAUAUAUUCUUUUGGCAAGGGGGUAA